AACAAAAAAAUCAUCAUUUAUAGUGAGAAAAUUGAGAGAGACGCCUUUUUAUAGUGAGAAAAUCGACAGUGUUAAAAAAAAAAAAAAAAAAAAAUUAAAUUAAAGAAUUUAGAGCUGAAGAAAUGUACUAGAGAAGGAGAGGACGAUUUCUUUGAGUUUGUAGAGAGAGAGGACGAUCUCUUUGAGUUUGUAGAGAGAGAGACUCUUAAGAGCGGCAAUUAUGAUGGAUAAUACUCCAAAACUAUCAGUACCGGAGCAUAGUUGAUAAAAACUUCGCGUAUUUCAGUUUUCUGUCCUUUCAGCGAAGAUCAUUGAUUGCCUCAAAAAUUGCUCAAGCUAGUAGCCUUCUCUGUCAGGGUGACUGAUUUAAGAAAUCAGCGAAAGCUUAUUUCUUAUUUUGGAAUCCCUGGUUGAGAACUCAAAUAUUGUUUGGGAAAGAUGGUUCUCUCCUAGCAAAGUUUGUGAUUAACUAUUUACUGGAAUGAGCACAUAGUUUGUGCUGAUACAGCAUCCAUGAUACAUUCAUGUUUUUUCAUUCUGCGUUUUGUCCCAUUCUAGUUGGGCCAAAUGGAGAGAAAUAGGGGGAGAGGUACAAUAGAUCAACAUAAAACCUAUGAACAAGUUCGAUAUAAUUCUGUGGAAACCAGAAAUGAAGGACCCGGGUCUUCAAAUCAUAGAGUUUUUCAGGAUUCCUCUAGUUCCAUUAAUACAAACAUGCGACCUCCGGAUUUCAAUUUGCCAGUUGGUGCUAGACCUGUGCUGAAUUAUUCCAUUCAGACUGGUGAGGAGUUUGCUCUUGAAUUCAUGCGGGAAAGGGUGAAUCCAAGGCAGCAUUUCAUUCCAAAUGCGUCUGGUGAUUCAAAUAGUACAACUAACUAUACAGAUCUGAAGGGCAUACUAGGAAUUACUCAUGCAGGAUCAGAAAGUGGAUCAGAUAUCUCUAUGAUUACCUCAAUAGAAAAAGGCCGUGUCCAGGAGUAUGAGAGAAGGGGCUCGUCUGUACAUGAAGACAAAUCUUGUUAUGAGUCCACACGAUCAGUGCCACAGACCUCAUCAAGAAAUAACAUUAGUCAGGGAUCCCGUGGCUAUGCCUCUUUAGGGGUUUCUGAUAGCUCAUCAUCAACAAAGGUCAAGUUUCUCUGCAGUUUUGGUGGUAAAAUCCUGCCUCGUCCCAGUGAUGGAAAACUAAGGUAUGUUGGUGGUGAAACACGUAUAAUUCGGAUAAACAAGGGCAUUUCUUGGCAGGAGCUUAUGCAGAAAACAUUGACAAUCUGCAACCAAAUUCAUACAAUCAAAUAUCAGCUUCCAGGUGAGGAUCUUGAUGCAUUGGUGUCCGUUUCUUGUGAUGAGGAUCUACAAAAUAUGAUGGAAGAAUGUAAUGUGCUUGAAGAUGGGGGAUCACAGAAACUCAGGAUGUUUCUCUUUUCUAGUACUGAUUUGGAUGAUUCUCAGCUGGGUCUGGGGAGCAUGGAGGGUGAUUCUGAGAUUCAAUAUGUAGUUGCUGUGAAUGGCAUGGACCUAGGAUCAAGAAAAAACUCAAUUGGCUUGGGAAGCUCUUCAGGAAACAAUUUGGAUGAGUUACUCAGUUUAAAUGUUGAAAGGGAUAUCGGUGUUGUACCUUUGACAGCUGGUAUGCCUUCAUCAGCAAUACAAUCUUCUGAGCCGGUAUUGCCAAGUUUGUCUCAUGCUUACGGAUCCAAUCAACAGGCUUACCAUGGCCAGAUGGUGCAUCAAAGAGAAGCAGAACUGAAUCCAUUACCUACUGUCCACCCGAGAGAGAGCUUCCACGAUAUAGAUGGCAAACGUACUGUUCCAUUGCAAUAUGUUUAUGGUUCAGAUACCUCUACAUAUGCACCGCUUAUGGAAAAUGUAGUUCCCACACCUCUCCAUGGACACAUGAAUCGACAAGAAGGGUUGGCUGAAGAGCAUCCAUAUAGUGGCAUUCCCAUGCAAGAUCCAGAAGUGUCAAUAAAGGAGCUGAGAGUGAAAAGGGAUAGUUUUGCCCAGAGAAUGAGCGAACUUGAAAAAAAUCAGUCUCUAGAGAAGGAAGUGCUUACAAAGGAGGCAAAAAUGAAAAGAGACAGUUCAAUCCAGAAAAUGAGUGAACCUGGAAAUAAUUGGUCUUUAGAAAAGGAAAAUAUUGUUUCUUCACAUCCAUAUGACAGUUCUGCUCCAAAUUAUAUUCCUAGGGAAGCUUCAGGUGCAAACUCUGCAGCAGACACUGGUGCGCCUUUGUUGCCUACAAAGAAUCAUAAAAAACAUCAGGUAUCCAUACAGAGUGCAAUACCCCAUGAAGCUGUUAGUGGAGAUGACCAUUUUUACGCAUCCAGUAAAGCAUUUGCUCCUGGUUAUGCCGACUCAGAGGCUGAUCCACUUGACUUUAGCUGUCUUGAACCACAAAUGCUACCUCAGAGGAUUUUUCAUUCUGAAAGAAUUCCCAGGGAACAGGCUGAAAUGAACCGUCUGUCGAAGUCUGAGGAUUCUUUUGAUCCUCAGGUUCUAAUAAGCCAUGCUCGCUCUGAUUGUUCUCAUCAAAUCAUGGAAUCAGUUGAUAAAUUGCAUGAUGGAGAUGUGGCUUCGCAGACAGAGCAGUCGAUCUCAUCUGCAAAACCACCAUAUACAAAUCCUCAAAUUGUAGAUGAUGGACUCACACAGGCUAAGAAGUAUGUAGAGGUAGUUGAUAAUAAUAAUAAAAUGAAUCUCAUAAUUUCUGAGGGUUUUGAGUCAAAGUCCCAGAAGUCUGAGCUAAAGCCUGUGGUAUUACCUUCACCUGUGGAUAGCGAUGAUAUUACUCAGGUCACGAAUAGUUAUAAAGAACACUAUAAUGACGGAGAAAUAUCAGGACUGAAUCAUCCAAUAGCAAGCCACGGAACUUCAAUCAAGCGUCAGGAGGAUUCUGCUUCUAAGGCACCAGAGUCUCAUGGUGGUGAUGUAACUGUUAAUAUGAAUGCUGGGAAUAACACUAAGGGGAAUGCACAACCUUUAUCUCAUUCAGAGAACCCAGUUGGAGCUCUUCCUCAAGGGGAGUCCUCUGUUGGUGUUGGCACUUCAGAGCAGGGAGACAUACUUAUUGAUAUUAAUGACCGUUUCCCACGUGAUUUCUUGUCUGAUAUGUUCUUCAAGGCUAGAAUAUCUGAGGACAUGGCAAUAAUCAAUCCACUGCCUACUGAUGGAACUGGCUUGAGUUUGAAUGUGGUGAAUCACGAGCCUAAGCAUUGGUCCUUCUUUCAAAAGUUGGCCCAAGAUGACUUUGUUAGAAAUGAUGUUUCCCUUAUGGAUCAAGAUCAUCUUGGUUUCUCGCCCCCACUUACUAACAUUGAAGAAGGAACUCCAAUAGAUUAUGGUUUUCCACCUUUGAAUACCAACGGAGUUCCCUUUGUUCCUAUGGAUUCCCAUAUCAAUUUUGAUGCUGAUAUUCAGAAACAGUCAUCUGAUGCAGUUGGGCCUGACACCACAGAUUUGCGUUCAGAUUACACUCCUUCUCAGAUUAAUGCAAGCGAAAGUGUGCAGUUCGAUGGUCUGGUGAACACAAGAACACCUGAAUCUGAUAAUGAGGAUGGGAAGUUAGAAGCUCAGCAUACUGGUGCAUCUCUUGUUGAUCUUUCUCUAGGAGAGUUUGAUAUCAGCACCUUGCAGAUCAUUAAGAAUGAAGAUCUUGAAGAGCUGAAGGAAUUAGGUUCUGGAACUUUUGGGACUGUCUAUCAUGGAAAAUGGAGGGGAACAGAUGUCGCCAUUAAGCGAAUAAAGAAAAGCUGUUUCACAGGGCGUUCAUCUGAGCAAGAGAGGCUGACGGUUGAGUUCUGGCGUGAAGCUGAUAUUCUCUCAAAGCUUCACCAUCCCAAUGUGGUGGCAUUUUACGGUGUGGUACAGGAUGGACCAGGAGCAACACUUGCUACCGUGACAGAAUUCAUGGUGAAUGGUUCCCUUAGACAUGUUUUGCUUUGCAAGGACAGAUAUCUUGAUCGUCGAAAGCGGCUCAUUAUUGCAAUGGAUGCGGCUUUUGGAAUGGAAUAUUUGCAUUCGAAGAAUAUUGUGCAUUUUGAUUUGAAAUGUGACAACUUGCUUGUGAACUUGAAAGAUCCUUUACGACCAAUAUGCAAGGUGGGUGACUUUGGGUUGUCAAAAAUUAAAAGAAAUACAUUAGUUACUGGUGGUGUUAGGGGAACCCUGCCGUGGAUGGCUCCAGAGCUAUUAAAUGGUAGCAGCAGUAAGGUGUCUGAAAAGGUUGAUGUGUUUUCCUUCGGCAUUGUUCUGUGGGAGAUUCUUACUGGGGAUGAGCCUUAUGCCAAUAUGCAUUAUGGAGCGAUUAUAGGGGGCAUUGUGAACAACACAUUGAGACCACCCGUUCCAAGCUACUGCGACCCUGAAUGGCGAUUACUAAUGGAGCAGUGUUGGGCCCCAGAUCCAGUGGUCCGCCCAUCAUUCACUGAAAUUGCUAGGCGCUUACGUGUGAUGUCUGCAGCAUGUCCAACAAAACCACAGGGUUAUCAGGCACAAAACCAGGUACCCAAGUAAUGGCGUAUGUUCCCCUCAUGUAGGGCUUUGAUUUACCUCUUAUAGUGAUGAGUUCUUUAUUCCAAUAAACUCCGUAAAGGUGUUGUGUAUCAUAUGAGUGGGGAGAAUGGGCUCCCGUCAAGAGUGUGAGAGUAUAGGUUGGUUGGUUUCAGAAUAAUUACUGGAAAAGAAUAUGGUUUUUUUUGCAAAAAUCCUGAAGAAAUCAAUUUUAUAUGUAAAGCUAUUAUUUGUAUCUAAUGAAAAUGCAAACUGGCCUUGGGUA